AAUAAUUCUGGCUUCUCCUGACUGCACCCCCGCAUCAUGUCUGCUUUUGCAUAGUUAAAUAUCCUGACGCGCUGAUUAACUCGACCCUAUCUGUCGAGUGACCACUGCUGGUCUUGCUGUAGGAGGGAGCAUGCGGCGCUCUUUAUCGCAACCCCAACAUGGCACGCCUGGAAGGAAGGGUGGUCAGUGGCCAGAACCUCAAGCCCGUGCUUAAAGCGUACGGACUGGGAUACCUGGCCUUGACUACGCCGAGACUAUUGGGUUUGUUCCCAGAACUUAUAAAGAAGGAUAUCGAAUUCCGGGAGAAAUUCAGAAAACUUCUUCGCAUUCUUCUCUCCGGUUGGGGUUUCAACAGGUUUCCCACGUCUUGCGCUGUCCUCGUAAGUGGCGCGACGUGGCUGCCUGUUCUGUGCUUCCGAAUUCUCUCUGUGUGUAGCAAAUGGCUUGCUGGACAGCAUCUGCGUUACUCCCAACCGAUUGCUCGUCUGGUGCGGUUUCUGUCUGCCUUCCUUUCGGCAUGGGUGGCGUUUCAUUUAAUGAACAAGAAGCAUGGUAGUCCUCCAGCUACUAUCAAUAGCGAUGCCUCACCCAUUGAACCACCAAACGGACGUCACAUAAAUGGCGGCCACCUGAACGGCACGGCUGGUCUAGGGCAUAAGCGUGCAGACCUUGCAGGGAAGACUCUAGAUCUUACUUUGUUUUCUUUCACCAGGGCUGCGAGCGUAGUCGUGUACGCAGCCUGGAACGCCUGGAGCAGUCGGCGGAACACCCGUGGUAACCAGUCUCGAAUGGCAGGUUUCGUCGCGCAUUUUGCCGACACUGGUGUAUUUGCUGGAAGUGCCGCUGUGGUAAUGUGGGCGUGGUUUUAUGCCCCAGAAAGACUGCCACGUUCGUACGCGAAAUGGAUUGGACAAGCUGCAAGCGUGGAUACUAGGCUAAUCGAAGCGUUACGCCGGGUAAGGAGGGGUAUCUUUGUCUAUGGCAAGGAUACCGGUCAAGCACCGCUGCUCGAACCCAUGUGUAAGGAGUACGGGUGGCCAAUUGAAUGGGGAGACCCGGCCAAAACCAUUCCAAUACCCUGUGAAAUGGUGCACAUGGGGUGCGGGCCAAGCUGCGAAUGGCAUGCUGUAUCUCGUUUCGCCCGUGCAUUCAAGUUCUCCCUAAUGACUUACCUACCAUUACAAUUGCUACUUCGGGUACGCUCCAGACAAACCGGGGCUACCAUCACCCGAGCCGUCAAGGAUGCCUUGCGGUCAUCGUCCUUCCUCUCCCUCUUCAUAAGUCUUUUCUACUACUCUGUCUGUCUCGCACGUACGAGACUGGGCCCCAAGAUUUUCAACCGCAAAACAGUAACGCCCAUGAUGUGGGACGCUGGUCUCUGUGUGGGCGCUGGGUGCUUUAUGUGUGGCUGGAGCAUCCUAGCAGAGAACCCAGCCAAGCGACAAGAGGUUGCGUUUUUCGUCGCACCAAGAGCUGCAGCAACCUUACUACCGCGACGGUAUGAUCAAAAGGUAUGUGCAGGUCCUCUCAUGGAACUUAAUGUGACAUUGUACGACAGUAGUAGUUAAUGCUUCAUGCAUUCACUGCUUUUUUCAUCUUGAUGUGCGUUAGCUGAACUGUAUUCUUCUGCUAACAUUCGGUACAGUAUCUGGCGCGGGAACAAAUUGUCUUUGCCAUGAGCACGGCUAUUAUCCUCACAUGCGCUCAAGAGCAACCAGAGUUGAUUAGAGGCGUCUUUGGACGCGUGCUAUCGUCAGUGAUUGGAUGAAAAAGGAUCCCCAGGCUCAAAAUUAUCUUAGAUAGAACUAAAUUUUUGAUUGCAUUGCUCGGUGCAGGAUGUCUGUUAUAUCGGCGAGACGGCGACUUCAGUAUCAUAUUACAUUUCAAUUCUUGUAUUCUAACAUUCUAUUGACUACGUGAUUGGUGGAAGGAACUAACUUCUAGUGAUUCAUAUAUAACAUUAAUUUGACACUAAUCCGCAAAUCCAUGAGCCAUUGCC